ACAGUUCUCGUGGUUGCAAAGGCGUGUUUAUAUUGCCGCAUUUCGGAGAGCACGCUGCUUUACUGUAUCUUUCGUGUGUUUCGAUCAUUUCUAGGACUGUUGCUAGUUUUUGUAGUGCUUAAUAGUGACAAUAGUUAAUAUUGUGUCAUUAUGGCGGUUCCAAAUCCGAGGGAAUUUUCUCAGGACGGGAAAUAUUUCGCUUUUAUCAACAGCCAAGGUAAAUUUGUCGUGUACGAAGUGGAAGCAGGUCGCGUUUGCCAGGAGUACAUACCAAACCUGCACCUCAAUGUUCCGUGUACAUGCUUUACCUGGGUGGAAAUCGGUUCCGGCGGUGGUCUGAGCGCCAAGAAAAAGAAAAAACGAGCCAGCAGCGGUAGUGGAAGCCAGCAAACGUUUGUCGCGUUCGGAACCAGUAGCGGCACAGUGGCUUUGUAUGGUUUAGCUUCUUCUAAGAUCGAGAAAACUUUCAAGGGUGCAGGACACUCUGGGCCUAUCACGGCAAUUUGUGCAGAAGUCGGAGCAGAUUCGCUUUACACAGCUGGUGCCGAUGGAAAGGUAAUAGAAUGGAGUCUGAGUCAGUGCGAACAGAAAAAAGCGCACAACGUGGGAGUCGAGAAGCUCACUUGUUUGGCUGUAGUUGACAAGGGAGAGACAAUAUUAACCGGUGCCAGGCAGCUGAAGCUUUGGGAUAUGCAACAGGAAGAAGUUAGUAAAUCGUUUGUCGGUCACACAUCGAACACGGUUCGAGCGGAAAGAGUUUUCGGCAGCGAUGAAAAGGUUUACGUUUUGACUACUUCUGUCCAUGAUCGACAUGUGUCCUUGUGGUCGAUGGAAGGCGAUGGAAGAUCGCCCGUUGGAAUAUUCACCAUGGACGAUGCUCCAGAGUAUAUUUCGACGCGAAUGUUGGAUUCCAAAUUGCAUCUGGUGACCGUUUCCAAAUCCGGAAUGGCUUAUUACUACAUCAAGAGUUUGGAUAAAAUAAGCGUGAACAAGCCAAUAAAAGCCAACCACACGUACGAGGUGGCGCUUGACACUGCCGGUAGUGGAUCUAAGGCUGUUGAUCGUUUACCAAUCUACACAGCUAGCAUUGAGUUUUCUCCCAAUCAGGAACAGUUGUUGGUGGGAUAUGGUACCGAAAUCAAUCUGAAAUUCGAACAGAUAACUAUCGAAAAAGAUAUCAAACAGAACGUUAUCAUACGUGAACAGAAGUCGAUUUCCAAACGGAGUGAGGACAAAUUGCUUAAAACCAAAACGCCCACUGUGGAUAAUGCGACUGCCGAAUUCUUGAACCCGGUGAACGCCAGUAGAAAAUCUUUAAAAACGCUUGAAAUUCCUAUGGAGGCCCGCUUAGAAAAUUUAGCGCUCGCCUCUUCGGAUAGUUCUCCAAGGGGAAAGGAAGCUCAGAAAAACAUGGCUCAUUUGCUCAUUCAGGGUUUACACAGUAAAGAUGCUGCUAUUCUGCGGAACGUAUUUAGUCGGAAUGACCCGGAUGUUAUAGCGCGUACGGCUGAACGUGUACCGGCGCAAUACGUCAGUGUUCUGUUGGAUGAAAUAUCUGGUCUUAUGCAGAAAAAGACUGUUCAUGUAGCAACCGCUAUCUGCUGGUUGAAAGCAUUAAUUCACAGCCACGCAAGCCAGUUGAUGGCUUUGGGUUCAGAAAAUUUACUUUCAAACUUUGGUACCUGUCUGGGAAUCAUUGAGUACCGUGUGGAGCAUGCGAAUUCCCUUUCCAAGCUGAGCGGUCGGUUGGACUUGCUGGUUAGUCAAAUCGAUCGAAGCGAUCAAUUGACGGGGACUGCAGAUACUGAGCAGGCACUAGUUUAUCAGGAGGAGGACGAUUCCGAUGUAGACUCAGUUUUGGGCAAAGGAGUAGAAUCGUCGGUGGAGGAUUUCGAUGGUGACAUGGAUGAAGAGAACGAGGAUGAGGAUGUCACUGCUGGAAGUUUCGUUCGGUUGCGAAAUGGUUCUAUUCCGGAUGAGGAUACGGAAAACAGUGAAGUGGACGAACAAGUAAAUGGUGUACAGGAGGAAGAAUCCAGUGACGAUGUCGAAGAGGAGGAGGACGACGACGAAGAGAUGGAUGUUUCUGAUUAGCUAGUGCAUCGUUUUAUUUAGAAUAUUUGUGUUAAAAAUCGAUAUAUAUUACCAGUAAAAAUGCA